AUGGUUAUAUUUUUUGUAAUUUUCCUAUUAAAUGGAGCUAAAUCUAUAAAACUCAGUACUAAAUCGAAUAUAGUGAAUGCAAAAAAUACGUUAUUAACAGGUUACACAGAAGUCGUUUCUACUUUGCAAAUACAUCAGAUCCGGACGACAUCGGAAAAGGCGCCCGCGACCUCCGCCGGAAACAAUCUAAAUGAUGUUUCUAGCGGAGCUCUGAGUAAGCCUCUGGAAGUACAAGAAGAAAAUUUCCUGACAAUCUCCCCUAUUUUCUUAUUCAGAAAAUAUUCUGACGAUAGAAAAUAUAACGAUGAAGAUGAAGGAAAUGUCAAAUUACUUGGGACGUACAAUAAAAAAUCUUCAGGGGAAAAUAAAAUGGCACUUCCUUUCUACAACAGCUCAAAAAUGAGAAACGAACUCAAUUCCCCGCAAUCACAAAAUUUUAUAUGGGAAAAUUGCAUGGAAUCAGUUUUCAAACAACAAAAUAAAAUAAAUUAUAAACAUCAAAAUGAAAUGGAAAUUGCCAAAAACUUACAAACGAAUAAUAACAAAAUAGUCGGAAAUUUUUGGGAUAAAAGAGAUGCCGAUGCUAUUCACUCAGUUGCUGUAAAGUCUUGGUUGGAGAAAUAUAAUAAUUUAAAAAAUUCCAGUAAGAAAGAACGAGUAGAAAAGGCAAAUAAUAUGACUUUGCUCAGUCAAUCAACAACAACUUCCACGGUAUCGAAUUCAACACCUUUUGAUAUAUUUUCUAUAACAAAGGAAACACUUGAAGACCGAGAUUACUCCAUAAAUGAUACUUUAGAUUUAGCUGUUACAGAAAAUAACUUAAGAGUCAGCAGUUCUAUGGAAUGGUCUGUGGAAAAGGAUCGAAGUAAAAUAAAAUUUAGCAGCUUACCUCAGAUGCAAAAUUAUUUAAUACCGAAGUUUAAAUUAGAAGAAGGAUUUCAUCCAUUUACAUUUAUGUCUGAGUUCUUUUCACUUAUUUACCCGUUUGACUUUCCUGAUGGUAUUGCAAAGGAUAUUAUCUGGGGUAAAAAUACAUUUCCAUCCUCAUUUAUACAGUUUUUCAUCGCGUACAAACCUCAUCGUAAUUUUUAUGUUAGUGUUAAAGAGUAUUCUGAAGGAGGACUAGAAGAAUAUAUUAGAUUAUGA